CGCAAGAUGCAUAUACUAAACUUGCCCAGAUUGUGAUAAGUUUUCUAGAAUCACGCAAUAUAAAUAGCAAGAAAAUCGUAAAUGCUGAACAGAAUAUGAACGUAAAUGAACAGAAUGUAAAUGAUACAAAUUUGUCAAAAAUCAUUGAAUACGAUCGCUUUAGUGAUCCUGAAAAAAUUGCCGAAGGAAAAUUUGGAAUUAUUAGCAGAUAUAAAUUUGGAGACAUACCUUGUGUUUUAAAGUGUGCUAAAAAAUCAAAAAACUGUGAAGUUUUUGACAAUGAA